UACUAUAAAUGCUAUCAGCUGAUUUGUUGUCAAUAUGUCAAUUUUGUGGUGUUCUAUUGGCAAAAGGAAGGCAGUUUCUUCUUUCACUUCUGCCUGAGAAGAUGCUAAAGUUGUGCUGUGCUUAUAAUUUUAAUAAUCAGUAUUUUGUGUAUUAAGACUGAAGUGUUGUGAUCAAUUUUCAGGUAUUUUACUAUUGAAAGAAUUUGAAGCAAAUAAAGUGCUAAAGAACGAUCAAUUUUUCACACAUUUACAAAGGAUAAGUGUAAAAUAAAAUAAAUUAAGUGGAGGUGUUCUCAAGUUGGAAAGGAAAUGGUGGACAAGAAGCAAGAAAAAAUCAGCUCAAUAAAUAAAGAUGAUUUGGGAUACACAACAAUCCCGUCGUAUUUUAUAUCAAGACAAGUUCUUCAUGCUGAAGAAGCCAACAAGAUUUCUGGGUACGAGAAGGAGAAGGAUAGUUAUGUGCAACGAAUAAAGAAGUCAAUCAGUAGCAUUGACUUCCUGGCAUUGCUGUACAGCAUAGUUCCGAUUGUAGAUUGGCUGCCAAAGUAUUCAUUGAAGAAGAAUUUAAUGGGCGAUAUUACUUCUGGAAUAACCGUUGCUGUGAUGCACAUUCCUCAAGGUAUGGCCUAUGCCAUCCUAGCAUUUGUCCCACCGCAAAUAGGCCUCUAUAUGGCCUUCUUCCCGCUCUUUGCCUAUGUUAUAUUUGGUACAUCGCGACACAUAUCCAUGGGAACAUUUGCCGUAGUUAGUUUGAUGGUGGGAAAAGUUGUGCAGACGCAUGUAAACCCAGAUCUUCUAGACACAAGUCGAAGUGGGAACGCCACGAGUGAUAGCAAUGAUAACACAGUCAUAACAAAUGACAUAACAGCCAUGGAAAUUGUAGCUGCUACUUCACUCAUGGUCGCAAUAUAUCAACUUAUCAUGAGUCUCUUAAGAAUGGGAGCACUGUCGUCUUUACUUAGUGAACCACUAGUGAGUGGUUUUACAACAGCAUCGGCCAUUCAUGUUGUGAUGAGUCAAAUUAAAGAUAUUUUUGGCAUAAAACUCCCACAUCACAAAGGUGCCUUUAAGAUCGUUCAUGUGGCUAUCAACGUCUUUAAGCUACUGCCAUCAGUCAACGUUACAGCGCUAACCAUAGCCAUCAUUGUGAUUGCGUUCAUGAUAGCGUCCAAUGAAAUACUAAAGCCAUGGUUGGCCAAGAGAUGUCGAAUUCCUGCCCCAACGGAACUGAUAGCAGUAGUUGGAGGUACUCUAGUAUCCAGAUUUCUAUGUCUCGAAGAGAACUACGAGGUGAAACUUGUCGGACCAAUACCAACUGGCCUACCUAGUCCCGUUCUCCCGUCCUUUGAUUUACUUAAACUUGUAGCCGUUGACUCUGUAGCCAUUGCUAUCGUUAGCUAUUCUAUUGUGAUGUCCAUGGCACUUAUCUUUGCCAAGAAACAUUCAUACGAAGUGAGAGCCAACCAGGAACUCAUUGCCAUGAGUGUAAGCAAUGCCGUUGGCUCCCUCUACGCCUGCAUCCCAACAGCUUGCUCCCUAUCGCGUUCGCUAAUUCAGGAGCAAACUGGCGGAAAUACCCAAAUAGCAUCGGUAAUAGCAGCUGCUCUGAUAGCUGUUGUCCUUCUGUGGAUUGGACCAUUCUUUGAGACUUUGCCCCGAUGCGUUUUAGCGGGAAUUAUUGUGGUAGCUCUCAAGGGAAUGUUGAUGCAAGUAAAAGAUCUCAAGAGGUUCUACAAAGAGGACCGUCUUGAAGCACUGACAUGGAUCUGUACCUUCUUAAGCGUUGUGCUAAUUGACAUUGAUAUUGGACUUCUUGUGGGAAUCAUUAUGUCCAUUAUUGCACUCUAUCUUAAAGGAUGGAAGAGCUACAGCUGCAUUCUAGGCGCAAUUCCCGGAACUGGAAUUUACGUGGAUAUUGAGAAGCACAAGACAGCAAUGGAAAUUCCCAGCAUCAAAAUAUUCCGCCAUGCGGGAUGCAUUAAUUUUGCCUCAAAGGCAAGUUUUAAGCGCAAAUUGUACGAAACUAUUGGAGUUCAAUCUCGAAAGUCCAACAAAAUGACUUCGGAAAAUGGAACACAUUUCCAAGAUAUUCAUACAGUCGUUAUCGAUCUAUCCUGCAUUCCUCACAUUGACUACUCAGCAUGCAAACUCUUCAAGGAAAUCAACAAUGAAAUGGAUAAGAUAGGAAUUGCCUUCUAUUUGGCAGCUCCAUCUGAUCGUGUCUUUGAUACAAUUAUGCAUGCAGAUGCCCUCGGGGAUGGACCCUUUCAGACAUUUCCAACAGUGCACGAUGCUGUACUCUUUUCCCAAGGAAAAUUAGACAUGAUGGUGUAACAUGGUAUUUAGUCAAAAGUGAUAAUAACGUAAACAAAUUUUAUUUAGUUUUAAAUGCUAUACAGAUUAUACAAAAAAUUUAUUUUAUUUUUGUUGAAAAAAACCUUUAUAGAUGUAGGAUAUUUAUUAUACAGCGUUAUCCAA